UGCAGCAAACCAGAGAAAGCCGGGCAGAAAUCGAACCCGUCUAAGAGACACCGUGACCGUCUGAACGCAGAACUGGACCGGCUGGCCAACCUUCUUCCCUUCAGUGCUGAUGUCAUCUCCAAACUGGACAAACUGUCCGUGCUGAGACUCGGUGUGAGUUACCUGCGAGUGAAGAGCUUCUUUCAAGCGGUUCAAGAGAAAGACAAUCACAGCAGUCAUGCGUCAAACCAGGAUCACAGCAAGGAGCUUCUGUCUUAUGUGAUAGACAGUGAUCUUCUUCUACAGUCUCUGACUGGAUUCGCUCUGGUCGUCAGUACAGAUGGGAUUAUUUUCUACGCGUCGUCCAGUAUCGCCGAUUACCUUGGAUUUCAUCAGACGGACGUGAUGCACCAGAACGUCUUUGAUUAUAUCCAUGUGGAGGAGCGGCAGGAGUUUUGGAGACAACUCCACUGGGCCAUGAACCCCAGCCGGGCAGACCCUCAAACCGCCCGAGACGCAGAUGAGAAUGUUGCGAUUGGUCAUCUGUUCAGCCCUCAGGAGAUUGAUGGGGUUCUUCCGGACCUGUCGCCCUUCCUCACACGGUGCUUUGUAGCAAGAGUACGCUGCCUUUUGGACAGCACCUCCGGCUUCCAGAGCAUGCAGUUUCACGGCAGACUGAAGUUCCUUCAGGGUCAGAAGAGAAAGACGGACGCUGGAGCUCUGAUGCCACCCCAGCUAGCCCUGUUCUGUGUGGCUGUUCCUAUAGUCCUGCCCUCAGUCACUGAUCUCGGAGUCAAGAGUAUGAUGAUGAAAAGCAAACACAGAACUUCUACCAGCAGUGAUAAGAGGCUCUGUGUGUCCGGUGGCUCAUCUGACAGCGAAGAGAUGCUGCGUUUUAACUGGUCAAGCACUUUCUGUCAUGACAGUUCCAGGUCAGUCCUGGCCAAUAGGAGAUACAGAGGAGAAGGCUGCAAAACCCAAGAGCAGCCUCUCAACUUCUGUGUUUCCGCUCUGGGCGGCUCUAGACAUCAGGUUCUGGACGUUCCCUGGAACACCCACUGUCCCGUCGCCUCGCGCACAGGGCCCGGCAGAAUCUACCACCCCUUCUACAAAAACGCCCAUGCUGGAAAAUUACAGACUGGUUACAGUGUAGACGCACACAGGCUCAGUGGUCACAAUGGGGUGGAGAGUUAUUGUGUUGAUGUGAAGGGUGAGAGAAGAAAUAAUAUGCAGAAUGAAUGUUAUAACAACAUGAUGCUCCCUGAAACCGCAAUUAAAACCGAACAAGAUUCGGACUCCGAAAACGGGUGUAAUGCAUACGGCACACACUGGCGCCAAAGUAUGACGUUCUCCGAGUAUCCACAGGUAAAAACCGAAGCUGAAUGUUAUGACGGCUACAGCUCAUGUCAGAGAGGCAGAGCUGUCAUUAGCCCUCACUUCAACGGGCAACACAAGCAUGUCUGCGCAGGAGUCGGCAAACCUCUUAAGUGUGUCCUGAACAAAAGUCUGAACUACUGUGACGCUUUGAGUGUCAGUCAGGAUGGAUAUGUGUUUGCGGAUCAUAAAAGCCACAUGCAGCAGGAUGCCCGGAUGAAUUAUGAGUUCAGGAGUCACGCGAUCAAACGGGAACCUCUCGACUCUCCGCCUUGGUCCGACAAUUGUCGUGAUUUUAGUCCAGGGCACGUGCAAAGACACAUCACCCCAAACUGCGCAGUGAACGCUGUACUACACAAAGCAAACCCAUAUGUAUACAUGCAGUAAAAAGGCUGUUAAAUUGAAUGCAAAUGCUCAGGGGUUCUGCUCCUUUGAGACGAAGGAUAAUUUUCCAUUUUGGGCACUAAUGAUGUCAUUGCAGACUUGUGAGUUCAUUUCUAUGUGGGACUUGUGUAUACACUUUUGGUUAUUUUGAAAUGACUUUUCACAGGGAUGACCGAUAGGGCACAAAAAUAAAAAAAAGUUAUACAGAGAAACAAAGCAACUUUAUCCAGUUAAAAUGUGUACGAUUUUGGAUUUGAUCAGGUGUUGUCUUGUUUUUUUUUGCACCAACAAGAAUUUAUUUGUACUCUUAUCGCUUGGUCAUUAAUUUUUCUAAAAAAAAAUCUAUUUACUGUUGUAUUUUUCAUUUAUAUAUUUUUAGUUUGAAUGAUUCAGUUGAUCUUUUAUUAAAGAAAAUAGCC